AUGUUGUUCCCUGUGGAUAUGUUGGGCAGCUGCAGCCAUGAGGACUUGGAGAGAUCAGCAGAGGACUACUUGGCUUACCUUCGGCGUGAGAAUCCAAAGCGUCCUGAAUUCUUUUCUCUGCCAGGUCAAGGCAAAGUUUCUGUUAGCUUGUCAAGUGUGAGCUUCGUUCCUCUUUAUGGUGAAGAGCAGACACACAAAGUUCUUGCCUUGUUUGCACCAACGGACUGUCUCACAGCUGUAGCCCUGUAUCUUGCUGACCGGUGGUGGUCAAUUGAUGACAUUGUGAGAACGUCUAUCCCUGGUAGACAGGGUCUUCAGCAGGUGAAAACUGUCGGAGAGAGGAUUGUUCUCUAUGUUCUUAAUCGAAUUAUCUAUCGGACACAAGAAAUGGAAACAGAUGAUGUCCCGUUUCUCUGUCAUCGUAGCAAUGACUAUGCUAAGAUCAUGUGGAAGCAAGGAGAGGCUGUUGGGUACUAUUCUGUUAAACCUACAGGAAGUGUUUGUCACUCUUACCAUGGUCAGACUUAUAAGCUGCCAGUGCUCGACACAGUCUUUGUAAGAAAGAAGCAUCGUGGGAAGGACUCUGGGCUUAUCAUCUUGGAAGACUUUGUGGAUUCCUUUGCUGAAAAAUGUCUUGGCCUAAGAUACCCAGUGUCAUCCUUCAUGUACACAGCUUGUAAGCAAUAUAUGGAGAAGCACCCUGAGCAUCACAGUGUUUUGUGGGAGGUGGAGGGACCAGGACGUUGGUUCCAGAGAACAUCUAUUAUGUCUAUAAUCCAAAGGAAAAAGCGCAAAGUUGAAGAAACUUGUUAUUCCCAAGGUCAUUUUCAGCAAUCUGCGGCAGUAUCUGGAGCAAGUGGACAGAAGAGUGAGCUAGAAACACAGGUAAGUGCUGACUCUCAGAAAGGUAAAGAAUCAACAGAUGUCUGUGCAAGCACAUCUAAAGACCCUAACGUAGCUUCCACUUCUGUAUUGACACAAAGCAGUCAUUUAAAACGUCCCAGGAUAGGAAGAAGGAAGCAGCAAUCUGAACCUGAAACUUCCCAAGGAGAUAAGGAAAAUGCUCUUCAUGUGUCAGAAAGCAGGGUGGAACUUCCUGCCCAUACAUCUGAAAGCUCUGAAGACUUAGUUAAAAUAUCUGAGAAGAAUACUACUGAGAAGGAUGAGGAAAUGGUUGUUGAAAAGGAGAGCCAGUCUGUAUCAGAAGUGGAGCUACAUGUAUCACCCCCUGAGAAACAGAGUGAGAAGGAGGAAACUCCAUCAAAACCUCUUAACGGUGAGGUAACAGAAGAAACUGGUAAGGCCUCACUUACUGCUGAAGAGGAAACGGCCAAUGAAGUUCAAAGUGGUGAAUCAAAAUUGCAGUCUGAGAGUCAAGGAGAAGAGCCUUUAACACUGUUUGUUCCGUUAAUCAUUGAGUCUCCAGAAAAACCUUCAGAAGACACUGUAUCAGAGAAGGUUUUAAAUGCAAAUGAUUCAGAAGUGCUGACUGAAGAAAAUACAUCAGUAGAGAAAGAGGGCACUGAAGAACAGCAAGAAUUUGAAAAGACCACCACUGAAAAUGCAGCUGCUUCGUCAUCAAAGGAAGAGCCCUCUGAUAAUGGCCAGCCCAUCUCUAUGGUAACCGAAGCACCAGAAGAAUCAAUUUCUGAAAACGUGUCACCCAAAACAGCUUCCUCAUUGGAAGAUCAAAAUGAGGAAGCAGGGCACAACUCAGCAGAGGCCCCUGUUGCCCUGAGUCAGAGCUCUUUGAUAGCAGUUGAACUUGAGGAUGUUUCUUUUCAGCAGCUUUCCAGACAGAAGAACCAGUUGGAAGAGCACUUAGAAGAGUCUGAGCAAAUGGAUCAAUACACGCAGACAACAGCUGCUGAUAGCAGCUCUGAGGAAGCAGAAAUUGAGGUACCUGUUGUAGAUCGGAGAACCUUGCGGAGGAAGGCAAAAGGCUACAAAAGUCAACCCAAGAAAAAAGGAAAGCCAACUUAA